AUGGCAGCAGCAGGUGAGAAGAGAUUGUCCCAAGGUGUCCUCAACAGAGCUGACUUGCAGUUGGGCGUCCAAGCCUUCUUGCGGUGGGAUCCAGCACUCAAGGAGAAGAGCGCGUUCGAAAUGGAAAAUGCUCGUGAGGCUUUGAUUUUUUGCCAGCCUUUCUUCAAGGAAGACCGCACCAGGUCAUGUGCGCUUGCCUGUGCCAUCAUGUUUUUGACCAUCCUUCAGAUGACGCUGGACCGCCCUGGCACAGAGCCCACAGACUGUACAUGGACCGCUCACCUUUACACCAGGUCUGGACAAAUCCAGCCUAUGCAAGAGAAGAUCGAGAAAUGUCCAGCUUUGAUAUCGCGCGACUUGCUUGCAGGAAAGGUUGGUGAGUUGGAUAGCGCUGCUUCUUUUCUUUUGGGUGCCAUCAACGCCAUGCCUCAUGACCUGCUGCCCCAGGCGCCGCAUUUCGAAGGCUGUUUCGCUUGCCUGGACGACUUGUUGGUGCAUAUGAAGUCAUCCCGAGUGUCAGAAGGCAGCUUCUCCUUGGUGGCUCCUUCAACUCGGGCCUUCAACGAGAACGCAUCUCGUUCUCGUUCUGGGAGUGGAGAAGAAGCUAGUGGUGCUGUGGUUGAAGGUACUGACCCCGAGCGAGCUUCUUCCAGCAGGGCAAGUCAGACCUGGCUCGAGCGUGAGAUCAUCUGCGACGAGAUUGCGGAGUUCAUCAAGCGCUGCCUGGGGGGCGACCACCGUGGGAGCUCAGGACGAGAUCGGAUCCAAUUGCCCAGCAAGAUCUGGCUGGUCUUCAAGGAUUACGAGGGAUUGGAGUAUCGGCCUGUAAGAGUGUGCCGAACUUGGGCUGCUUGCAAAGAGCUUGUGAAAAAGGCUGGAUCCGCAGGCUUGUCGAGUUGCAGGGCGAUCCGGAGUGGGCUGGCCCGUUGGGCGUUAGAGAUGGCUGCGGUGGAAGGUGACUCUGCCGAAGAAGCGGAGCUUGCAGAGCCUGGCGAAGCCCUGGCUAAUCGACCUUUUGUGGCACUGCCAGACGGCAGCGCUGAGUUCCAAUACGAUCUAUGGACGCUCAAAGUGGCCUCCGGAGCUUCAAUUCAGUGCAUUUUAGUGAGCCGUGUGGCCGAUGGCCGCUAUCUGGCAGCUUUCCCUCAUCAGGUGUGGCAUCGCACGGUGUCGAAACGAACCUUGCCUCCGAUCCUGAGCAAGCCUACGUUGAUAGAGGUGGUUUGCGCCUCGGUGGAAGACAUGACCCGGGAGCUGGCGUUUUACAUGAAGGUUUGGGUUGGCUACAUCACUGCGGAGACCUUUGGCGAGAUGGUGGAGAGCGAUGGGUAUCUUCCCUUCGCCCCUGCUUUGAGGGAAGCUCUGGAAGAGCGCUUCUCCUUUCUGAGCGCAGAGAGUGGGCGAGGAGGAGAAGAUGGUUCAGCCGCUCUGGGAGACGCAGCUGGUGCCUUGGGCCCGCGAGUGUCGCGGCUGGAGGAUCUCUUGGGGAAGAUGUCGGUGAGCUUGGAGACCGUGCUGGAGAAGGUGAGUUCUGGUUCGUCAAAGCCCUCGACCCCGAAGGUGCAGUUUGCCGCAAAACCCAAGGUGAUCCCUGGAGCCCAUCUACAAGACGGUGCUGCCAAGUUUCCUUCUUUAGACCCAAGUGUUGUUGCCUCUGUGCUGUCUGCAGGAGUUCCAGAGGAGAACUUGCGAGAAAUGGAACGUCUGAUGGGUGCCUCCUCAAAAGGAAAGAAACUUCGAGAGCCUGCUUUGAGGAAGCCUGCGAGAAAGGUGACCGACACUGUCCUUUCAGAAAGCGAGGACGAAAUCGAAGAGGCAGACUCUGGCUCUCCUACAACUGGGGAUCAAGAGCCCGGGACUAUGGAAGGGGCCCUGAACAAGCUGACGGAGCUGGUGACGCUUCUCAGUGCAGACAAGAUCAAGAGGGCAAAAUCCUCCAAGGUGGACAUUGCCCUCGAGAACCUGGGAGGGAACACUGGGGCAGACAGCUCCACAGGUUCCACUGGCAAGCGAGCUGCGGCAGCUCGCAGAGCGCUGAGAUUGGCUUUGCAGGAAGCACCGGAAGACAUCAGCAACGUCAUCGAGAAGCUCAUGUUAGAGGACCUGACUUUGCAGACAGUGAUGCCGGGUAUGCCGAAGAAGGACUUCAACGCCCGAGCUUGGGUGGAGCAUCGGAGCCGUAUCGGCGCCUACAAGAGCUCUGCUUACCUUGCAUGGUCGGCAGCUGGGGUUUUGGACGACCUGGUGAAUGGCAGGGUGGCCCAUGCGAGAGCUCGCUCUUGCCUGAUGCUGGUGAUGAUCGACCAGGUUGCUAUCGACAGGGGCAACUGGGCGCUGGGUGCGGAGCUUAUGCUCGAGCAAGGGCCUCCAUUGUCUGCAUUGGCGUCCCAUACGUUGCCGUCCAUUUCAGACGGAGAAAGCCCUUUCAGCAAGAUCCUGGACGCAAGGUGGGCCGAAGUCAUGCUGUCCCACCUGAAGGACGCGGAGGACUAUGUGCAGAAGCGCAAGGCCCUGGGAAAGAAGAGCACCGAGGAGACCGAGAAGGACACCGGCCGACCGAAGCCGAAACCGAAGUCAAAAGGGAAAAGCCAGAGCGAAGCGGCCGAGACGGCCUGA